CCGCUUCUCCUGCCCCUGCUCGGCUUCUCCAGCCCCUGCCCGGCUCUCCUGCCCCUGCCCGGCUCUCCUGCCCCUGCCCGGCCCCGGCAGAGGCUCCGCGCUCCCGGUGCUGGCGGGCCGGGCUCGGCAGCGCACAGACCCGGCUGCAAGCGCUUUUCUCGGCCGCGGGCUCGGAGCCUUCCGUCUGCAGCGGGCUCGCUCCCUCCCUCCCUGCCGCAGGAGGGGGAAAGCGGACCCGGCUCCUGCGGUUUCGUGCUCGCCCCUGCAGGCCCCCGCCGCCGGAGCCCGUCAGGGCUGGCACAGGCUCGGUUUGGCUCUCUCCUGUGUCCAAACAGGCUCCUGGCUCUCCUGCUUGCACAAGAAAGCCUCUUACAACCUUUUAAAGCCCCGGAGAAGCAGGAGGCGCGUCGGAAAACGGGCUAUCCUGGGAUUUACUUUUUUUUUUUUACAAUUCAUCAUUUUGGGCCUGACUCACGGCUUUUGAAUGUUUGGGAUGGGCGGCCAAGGGGGAAAGUAACUUUGCUCAGCACAAGCAGAGCGGCCAGGCAGGAGGGACAGACAUCUGAGCAGCGACAAGGCGACAGCGGGGGCCGUGAUCCCGCCUGCAGCCCCGCUCCAUCCGCUCCAUCCUCUCCAUCCUCGCGGCCGCUGCCGGCCCCAGCGCGGCAGGUGGGGCCCGCGAUGGCGCUGGGGACAGUCCCCGUGCUGCUGCUGCUGCUCCUCGCCAGGCUGGCGUCAUCCACGUGGCACGAAGGGUCUGGCUACUACCUGGAGAGUCACACCAACGAGGUGUACGCAGAAGAGCCGCCCCCCGAGCCUGCCCUGGAUUACCGUCGAGUGCCCCAGUGGUGCGCCACGCUCAGCAUCCACCGCGGAGAGGCCACUUGCUACUCUCCCCGGGGCGGCUCGUACCGCAGCAGCCUGGGCACCCGCUGCGAGCUGAGCUGCGCCCGCGGCUACCGCCUGGUGGGUCCCAGCGCCGUCCGGUGCCUGCCCAGCCGCCACUGGUCGGGGAUGGCGUACUGCCGACAAAUCCGGUGCCACGUGCUGCCGGCGGUGUUGCGGGGCUCCUACGCGUGCUCGGCGGGCGUGCAGAUGGAUUCCCGCUGUGACUACACCUGCCUGCCCGGCUACCAGCUGGAGGGCGACCGCAGCCGCGUCUGCAUGGAGGACGGCCACUGGAGCGGGAGCGAGCCGCUCUGUGUAGCCGAGGCACCCAGAGGUUCCGUGAAUCCCUCUCCUCUCCGGGCAGACCUGGAGCCGCCCAAGAUCCGCUGUCCGGACUCCCGGGAGCGCAUAGCCGAGCCAGGCAAGCUGACUGCCACCGUCUACUGGGACCCUCCCCGCGUCAGGGACUCUGCCGACGGUGUCAUCAAGAGGGUGAUGCUGCGGGGCCCGGAGCCCGGCUCCGAAUUCCCCGAGGGAGAGCAUGUGAUCCGCUACACGGCCCACGACCAGGCUUACAACCGCGCCAGCUGCAAGUUCAGCAUCCGCGUCCACGUGAGGCGCUGCCCCGUCCUGAAGCCCCCGCAGAACGGCUACAUCUCCUGCACCUCCGACGGCAACAACUACGGAGCCACCUGCGAGUACCUGUGCGACGGCGGCUACGAGCGCCAGGGCACCUCCCUGCGCGUCUGCCAGUCCAGCCAGCAGUGGACGGGCUCCCAGCCCCUUUGUGCACCCAUGCAGAUCAACACGGACGUGAGCUCGGCCGCCAGCCUGCUGGAUCAGUUCCAGGACAAACGCCGCCUCUUGGUCAUCUCGGCGCCCGACCCCUCGGACCGCUACUACAAGCUGCAGAUGUCCAUGCUGCAGCAAGCGGCCUGCGGGCUGGACCUGCGGCACCUCAGCACCGUGGAGCUGCUGGGGCAGCCCCCGCACCAGGUGGGGCGCAUCCGGGAGCACCGGCUGGCCCUCGGCAUCAUCGACGAGCUCAGGCGCUUCCUGCACCUCACACGCUCGCACUUCAACGCGGUGCUGCUGGACAAGGCGGGCACGGACCGCGAGCGCUACAUCGCCCCGGUCAGCCCCGACGAGCUCUUCGUCUUCAUCGACACGUACCUGCUGAGCGAGCGGGAGGCGGCGCGGCGGGCACAGAGCGGGGACCCCUGCGAGUGACCCCCGCCCUGCCCGCCGGGGACGGACACCUCCCUUCCUGCUUUCCUAGUCGCCCACUGCAGAGGAGGAGCAGCGUGCCAGGGAGCCCCGGGGAAGGGGAGCCCCUCCCUGGCUGCUCUGGCACACAGAGGUGAGCAGGGGCUGUGUCCCCCUGCCCAGAGCCAGCAGCUGUUUGCAGCUGGGGCAUGGCUCAGCCCAGCCAGGACCCUGGUGGGAGACACUGGAGUGCCCCUGCUCAAACCCCAGGGCAGGGGGGAGCUGGAGAGAGGCAGGGCAGCAGUGUGACAGCAGCUCCAGCCUCCCCACGGCUCACCCUGGGCACAGCCCGGACCCGCUGCCUCCCACUCUGAAAGCCCCGAUGAAAAUCCAAUGGCCCCACGCCCAGCAGAGCCCACAGCAGCCAGGCAGCGUGCAGUCCACCCCAGAGGGCUUGCAUCUCCCCUGCCGCUCACUCCCGCUCCCACCGCCCACGGGGAGCCCUCUCUGGGAACUGCUUUGGCAGUAGAACAUGAAGUUGAAAUAAACAGAUUUGUAAUAAAAAGCCAGGGCUGGCACAUGUGUCACUGAGAGGCCUGGGAAACAAAUGUUUCCUGCAGACCACAAACCCCAGACCCCCCAGGCUGACCCCACACAGUUCCCUCCACCCAGUGCUGCAGCUGGGGCUGGGCUGUGUAUGGGGAACGGGUGGAGAGGACAAGGACACAGCAGACUCUGGAACGGGGUGGUAGGAAAAAGAAUGGGAAGAAAUAAAAACACAAUGACAUUUA